ACCAAUUUCCCAUAACUCGUGCCCAAAAAAACUAUAUAAAUGUACAUAUCCACUUAAAUGCCCAAAGUAUUUUCCGGAGCUGCAAAGAACUCCAUUAAAACUGCGCUGCCUUGAAAACUCCACGAAUCAAUUAGUGGCAUUGCCUAUUGGGUUUUCCGCUGGCACUUUGACACUUCUUCGCAUGGACACAUCAAUUACAUUGGCCAGAAGCCACAGACAAAUUAACAGAUGCAUAAUUCAUAAUGCGGCUCUGCAGCGGUGAUUUUUCCAAAUGCGAAUGACGACGAGUGCCACCACUUAUGGAUGUAUCUGAAUUUCAAAAUUUCGGUUGGCGACGGCGCCAAUCGUUCGCCCGAUGGUUUCGCUUUUGGACAUUGGUGUCAUAAUAUUCGCAAUGUACUAGAUUCAUGCUUGCAUCUCUUUUUUUAUUUUAUUUUUUUUAUUAUUUUUAGUGGUCUAAAAACAGAAUUAGUGAACGGAGCCGUCAUUCGAAUCGAAACAGCUAGAGUUCGAAAAAUAAGUAAACACAAACUUAAACUACCAAAAUCGUACUCCAAAAAUUAGAUUUGUCAAAUUCCACUAAAUUCCACACCAAAAUGUUCGAACUGCAGCAUAUUACCACUCGGAUUCGCACACUUUUGCGUAGAACCUUUCACCUGUCCAGCAAUUAUGACACGUAUUCGAUUUGGACCUUUUGCCCGAUGACCAAUUGGAACCAGCUUAAACCCGUGCUCCAAUCCUGCAAUCUGUGCCGCGUCGAAUCAUUUCCCAUUGUCUUUUGGCUGGUGGUGCUGCUCAGUGUCUUUGGAACAUGUUCCAAUUGCUAUGAACUGAUGAAAGUUUGGUCAUGUCCCUGCACCAAAUUGGCCAUGUGGCGCCAACGGCACUUCUAUGUCCUAAAACAUUGGACGCUGCGAAAGGCUCGACUUUUGAGCUUGGCCAUAAUCCUGAUCGCUUGGCUAAUGCUUAUUUACGGAAUCGUAACGAUCUCCCCCUACGCCAUGUCGCCAUGGAUUCUGGUGACCAGCAUCGUCCUAACGAUGGAGUGCUUCCUUUGGUCCUUCGACGUAUUGACCGGCCGUUUGCCGCUCGAUCCGCAGACGCUGCUGUCGCUCGUUUUGCAUGUGAUCUUCGUCGCGAUGGUUUGCUGCGUGAAGAGCGUUUUCGAGUUGGCGCUCGGCGAGCACGUCGAGCACUCGCUGCGUAUCAUUUGAGGAACGGAACGACGCCGAAUGUCAUCAUUAAGUAAAGGUGCAGGGCCGGCAUAAUUGCAACUCAACCUGCAUUAAGCCCAAUUAGGUUGCCGGCGGCACGCACUACAUCUCGCCCUAAUCAGUGUUCGUGUUGCUUCUUAACUACCCGUUGCCCCUAUAGAUACUCUUUCUACCCGACAAAAAUGAAAAAAAAAAAACAAAAAAAAAGUCAUCGAAGUUGCACCUUUAUAUGUUUUAUAGCUUCUCUUAUUUAAAGCACAAAAUUGUCGAAAUUAUUAGAAAAUUAUUAAAGAACUUGAAAUCGAAGUCGAUGGUUUUGGUUUAUGUUCCAAACUUAAAGGCCCGCAUUCGUGGAAGGGUACAAUGUUAAUUCGCCUUCAUUUCAACACUGUUAACUUCAACGAUCGACGAAUUGCACCUGUUGCAACCCCGACCUCAACACCCCCCCCCCCCCUUUACCAUUAAGCCCUCUUUGCGAGAAUCGCGCAAGCUGCAAGCCACCGAAAUCUAUACAUAAUUAAAAGGAAAAAGCACGCACAAGGAGGGCAGUGCGUUGAAAGUUUAACGAGAUGGUUUGCUCUUGCGUAUAUAUCCUCGUCCAUCCAGACCAGUUAUGUGGUUAUGUGACAUUCGAACCCCCAUACAAAGGAGCUGUAUACAUACGUACAUAUAUACAAAAUAAAAAAUAUAAAAAAAUAUAAAAAAAAAAAGCAAGAAAUUUAAGGGAAAAAGUUACAGCUGGCCCCUGAAAGACGCCUUCGAAUGCAUCUGUCCGAGGAAGAAAGAAAUCUGCCUGUAGAACCAGAUAGUGAAUAAACACCCCGUACUCCUUCAGGGAAUAUGAACAUUUAGGACCUUUUGGCAAAAGGGGUUUCCUUUUAGUUUUGUUAAAUUCUGCCUGCCUCGGUUAAUCAACGGCUGAUAAUUAAAAACUUUGCGUUUUUUUUUUUUUUGUGUGUGGCUGCGCGUUUUCUUUAUUCAACUUUCUCCGCAUUUGCACAUAUCCUUUAUUUUCUAUUCAAUAUUUACUUACAAAAGUGUUCGGUUUCUUAAGCUCUUCCUUUCGUCUUAUUAUUUUUUCUUGUUUCAUUACGUAUACGCCUCGCUUUCAUACAAAUUUGUUAAUGUUCUAUUUAGAUAAUAUAAAUAAUUUGUUUGUAGUUGCUUUCUAAAUAAAUAUAUAAUUGAAUAAUGUAUAAGUAUAUCGCGUAUAUAAUAUAUAAUAUAGAAUAUAUUUGAUUUCAAAUAAUUGGUAGUUUAUCAUUAUAUUGUUAUUCUUUCAUUAUAUAUAUAUAUAUAUAUUAUAUAUAUUGUAUGUAUAAAUAUGCAUGUAAAACACAUUUAUUAAAUAUUUUCGAAAAAAUACAAAAUUUACAAAACAUUUGUUUGUUUUAUUUUUAUUUUUUUUUGUAGUUAAACUAUUGAAGCCUGUCAUGUGUUUUUGGUUUUAUGGUUAAAGCUGUCUAUGUAAGCAGAUUUCUGUGUUUUUAUUAUCUUCUGGGAUUUACUGUGCUUUUUGAAUCAAAUCAGUUUCCCCUUUUUUUUACUAUUUACACCCAUGUUUCUAUGACUAUUUUGUACUUUUGAUUCUGCAUGACCUUUCUUCAUGUGUGUGUGUAUGUCUAUGUAGGAGCGUGUGCAUAUGUGUGAGUGUGAAACGACCUUGAAAUCUAGCAAAAUAUCAGAUCUCAAAUAAAACUAGGAAAUAUAUGUAACAAAUAAACAGUAAAAAGUUAUACACUUAUACAAUAAAUAAUUGCAAAGCAAAAAAUAUAGAAGUUAUAUUACUAUUUACACCUUGAUUAAUCUUGUAAAAUGCAAAUUUGGUACACUAUACUUCUUAAUAUUAAAUAUGAUUUUAGCGGCUUUGAUCGUGCCAUAAAUAAUAUUUUAAGCUGUACAACUAUUCAAUUAUCAUAAUGGACCUAAUUAUUAUGUUUCUUUGAAGGUAAGAGAAACAUGACUUUUUUGUCUUACUAUUGUACAAAUAAUAAUAUACUUUUUUUAAUUUUUAAUUAAUUAACUAAAUAAAAACAACGUUUCACGAACCUAAAUCUAACAAUUAAAAUUCUACAAAAAAAUGAAUCAUAUAUAAAACGAAUUUUUAAUUCAAAUAGUUACUGAAAUUUAUGUUAAAUUUCACUCAAAUUUACUUAAGGCAGCUAAAAAAAAUAUUAUCUAAAAUUUCCUGAAUAGACUAAAUACACAAUGUAUGAAGAUAAACAGAAGUGGCAGCAAACAAAAAAAAAUAAAAAAAUAAAAACAAAAGGCAGCCGGCGUGACCUUCACCCAAUAAAGCGAUCGACCGCGGUCAGAGUGUAAAAAAUAAAGAAAAAAAAUUCGUUGCCGGCUAUUUCGUUGCUGCUUUUUUUUUUUUUGCAGUUAAACAAUUGUGCACCCCAAUUUCGUUGUCUCUGUUUUGCUUGGCCCGCUGUGUGUGUGUGUGUGUGUGUGAAUUUGCCGGCUACUUCUGCCAUUCGUGUACCCUUUCUAUUUAACGCGGUAUCCCCACUGUCAUAAUAAACUGCAAAUUAAGUUUAAUUCAUCUGUUUUAGCUCUCCAUUUUAAACUUUUAAACUUAAACGACCCAACAGAAAACUUUAUGUGAUGCUUAAAAAAUAUAUCCAAACAAUUAACAACACUUUUCAUAGAACACGCAUAAAACACUAUACAACACACACUGUUUAAAUAAUAUAUUGUACAUUCAAAUAAGAGCAUCGCCUAUUUCGUUUUGGUUUCUUCCGAAAGUUUCGAGUAAAAAUUAAAAGAAAAAAAUUCAACCAACGAAACCGUAACUGAAUGAUUGUAGUAAAAUAAUAAACCAGCAAAAAUCAACGAAAACAAAACACGUACAUAUAAAUAAAAUGUUAUAUUAUAUGGCUAUCGUUGUGAUCGUUGUUAUUGUCGUCAUGUCGCUGACUGUAUCCCAACCGGCUUCUCGGCUGUCGUUGUUGUCGCUUUGAUUUCAUUAAAAACAAAAAAUUUGCCGGUAAAACAACAACAACAAUAGUGAGCAACAACUCUUAUUGAAUUAACUUAAUUUGUCUGGUGGGCAAAUGAGCGAGGCAGCGCAACCAGGCAACGAGAAAAAAUACGUUGAACUGCUAGAUUAGAAACGGCGACAAAAGCAAUUUUCCCACCACCCACAAAUGUGAAUCACUUACUCACUCGAAUGAUUCACUGCGAAUUUGAUACUCGGCGCGGUUGGAAAAUGAAAGUGAAGCACAAGUUGGAUAGUACCAAAUUCCAAAAAAGGAAAAGCUGUUUUUUUUUAGCCAGCUUAUUGUGAGACACAAUACGAUUUUCUAAAGUAAAACAAAUAUAAACAACUCGGAUGAAACACACUUGGGGUUUUGAAAGUCGCUGAAAGUAAAUAAAAUAAAACAGGGCGUCCAGAAAAAAUGUGCAACAAAAUUGCAUAUUCGAAUAUUUGAAUAUUCGAAUACGAAAACGCAAAUAACAAGAGGAAAUCCUUGUGCCAAUUGAAAGAUCUGGGAAGCUUCAAUAAUUGCAUCCAUAUAUUAAACGAAAAGGAAUCAAGCGUAAAAAUAAAAACAAAAUCAAAAGUAAUUUGUUGGUGAAGUAUUUUUAUUGUAUAAUGUAUAUAUAAUUCCAUUAUCAGAAAUUUUGAAAAAAAAAAUAUUUAAACGGUUUCUAUAUAUAGUAGUGUGUGUGUGUGUGUGUGUGUUUAUAUAUAAGUGUGUGUGUUCUGUGUAAUAUAUUUAGUUUAUAUAUGUAGAAGGUACAUAAAAUGUAAUUUAUUGUGUUUACUUUUCUCAUUUUUUUUGCUUUUAAUUUGUUUUUCAUUAAUAGGUAACUACAUAACGAGUUAAAAUUUAUUAGAUAAUAUAUUAAUAUAGUUGUUUAGCUUGUUUUGCCAGAUAUAUCUAUAUUAUUUUGCAAUUUUUACACAUAUUUAAUAAGCAAUAACCAAAGUAAACAGAAUUUUCAUAUCUUCUUUUGUCAUCAAAUCAAAAAUAGGGAUUUCAAAUGCAUAGCCAUAAACGUAUACGUUUUUUGCAUACGUUUAUGACUAAAAAAAAAAAUUAAUUUAAAUAUACAUGUAAUAAUUCAAGCAUGUUCGUCUAUAGUUUCAUAUUUUCCGUACGGCUUUAACAGUUUUUUGCUUUCAUUUCAUGAGUUUUUCAGAUUUUUUUUUACAUAGUUUUUUUUUUAUGUUAUUUGUCUUCAAAUAAUGUGUUGUUUUAAUAAUAUAAAUUUUUUAACAACUAAUUCAAAUAGUAGUUUGUGUGUGUGUAUAUAAUAUAAAAAAUUUGAUAAUCAUAAAAAUAUAUUUAAACUUAAAAACUUUUGUUUUGUUUUUUGUUAUAAAUAUAUUUUAAAAGAAAAAAAUUUAAUAUUUUUUUGUUUUGUUUGCGAGGAUUUUGGUUUUGGUCAUAGUUUUAGUGUAUAUAUUUUGUUUUUUUUACAAUGAAAAAUUAUGUUUAAAAAUGCCCUUUCACUUGAAUUUGUUGUUUCGUUAAUAAAUUAAUAAAAGGACCAAACAAAGAAAAGGUUUGCUUUUCGUAUUUUUGUUUCUUGUAAAUUUGUACGGUUUUGUUUGUUGAAAUUAUUGAAAGAAAACAUGGUUUUUUCGUUUAACUAUUUCUGGUUGUAUGUACUAUAGGAAAAUAGGUGCAUUCGUGUGUGGUUUUGUAUAUGUAUAUAUACAUAUAUAUAUGUAUAUAUAUAUAAGUGUGUGUGUUUUUGUUGGUUUAUU